CUUCUCAGUCGUGCGAUGCCGAGAGCAGAAAAACCAGAAUCCCUCUCGCUUCUGCUAUGUGAAAAUCUAGCCAAGUCAGUGUCCACGUUUCGUCCAUGCUAUUAAGCGGGACAGGCAUCCAUCUGUAUUGUUCGCCGGCUAUAUAAGGUCUACAAGGCGCGUUUCAACGCACAACAGAGACUCGUGCGAUCUCGAAUACAUGCGCGCAACCAUGAAAGCCCUUAUCGUUUUAUCGUGCCUCACAUGGGCGACGCUGGCUUCAGCCGCGCACGCGCCUUAUGCGUACGGGGUGCAAGCCGGAUACUAUCACGGGCCGCUCGCCCCGCUGGCCCACGACGGUCGAGUGGUCGACACGCCGGAAGUGGCGCACGCGAAAAAGGCGCACCUGGCGGCGUACGCGGCGGAGGCCGCGAAAGCCGCGCAUCACGGAUAUCACGCGGAUGACGGCCACGGCUAUCACGGCGCUUAUCACGGCGGUGCGUAUCACGGGCCACUGGCGCCGCUCGGCCACGACGGACGAGUGGUGGACACGCCGGAAGUGGCACACGCCAAGGCAGCGCACCUGGCCGCCCACGCUGAGGAACUCUCCAAGGUCGCUCAUCUGCCCCAUCUGGAUCCCUACUCGCACUCCAAGUGGUGAACCCGACAUGGACGAGCUUAAUGUCACAAAGAAGCGGAAACUUCGUAUCUCCUAGUGUGUAAAAUCCGUACACGUAGGGAAUAUUAUAGCUCUCUUUGUAUCAAUUCUUCUCGAUCUUUACCGUGUUUCCAGACCGCCGGCAAGAUCUGUCUUGCCGAGGCACGCAGCGAAUUGCGGAUCUUUUUGAUAGGACGUUUCAGUCCCUGAAAUAUAAAUAGCACAUGCGAAAUGAAAGGAUAGAGUCGAUUACUGCGGAAUGUCGAUCUACUCCUCGAUUAGAAAAUCCCGCGUAGUAAUUUUGACUAUAAAAUUCUCUCCGUGUGCCACGGCAGUGGUGGAAGUGGAUUAGCUUAGAGGAUUCGCUGUACUAACACAUGCAAGACCCUGACGAAUGUAAAUGUCAGAAGAUAUAUACGUCACUUCAUAUGUAACACUAUGAAAAAGAUAAAUAAAAAGUAACA